AUGUUUGCUUCCUCUUUCAAUCCCGCUGUCCGACCUCCCCCCCGUGGAGCAGCCAAAAAUUAUUUCCUACCGGUACCGUCGGGCUUCUCUCUCCAGGUUUUCAAGGCUCCGACUAUGUCUGCACGUCCAUAUGCAGCGAAAGUGGACUUAGACUACCGCCCCAUGACACGAGCGGACUCUCAGUCCAGACAACAGUCCGGACACGUUCCUCGCCAGCAGGAACCCACGAGGAAGCUAUUAAAGGCUCCUCCGCCCGAGGAGCCAGGCUUUGCUAAGCGAUCGUACGAGCACAAGCCUAACCCCGGGAGAUACGCUAUUCAUGCCGGACCUGUGCCCGACACAUACAUUUAUGAGCGUUCAAUAUCGUCCAAGGCUGAAUACCUUUACUCGCCUUCUGACGUAACGAGCGAAUGCGACUCUAUCUUCUCAGUCAACACACAGAUCUCCUCCGGCUCAUCGAGCAGCAGUGUCACGGAUAGCCCCCCAAACACACGGAUGCUUCAGAUCAGAGCUGCCUCGCCAAACCCUGAGCAAUCACAUUCGCGUUCGCCCCCUUCGUACCACCCCAGAGGUGUGUCAAAUUUUCCACAGGGGCAUUCGUGCCCUUCAUGCGGUGAGGCGAGUCCUGCGCAAAGAACAUCAUCCAUGACUGCCAAUAAGGGAAACUACGCCCCUUAUCCUUCACGUCCACUCCCUACGCCCCCAGUGAGCGCCAGAGUACGUAAGGACAGCAUUCUCCUAGCAAGCGAGCGCUCCAUUAUGUCAUAUGACACCCGCCAGCACUCAACAUCACUCAAGCAUGGUGAACGCGUGCCAUUCCCGGCUCCACCGGUGGUUGAGCAAGGGAGAAAUCACUUGGGCAUGCAGCUGUCGCGCUCAUCGUCCCUUAAAGGGAACCUCUCUAUUACCAUCCCACCACCUCCGGGCUUGGAUUUGGUCCCCGGUGGUCAUUACGAGUACCCUCCUGUUCAGGGACCCGUGCAGGACACCGAACCAAUUUGUCGACCACCUAGCGCACCACAUCGCCGGAAUUUUGAUGGUGACCAUACACAAGCCUUGCUACAGCAGCCGGGGUGCGCCGCACGGUCUGUGCGGUGGUGCGAUGACUUGAUAUGUCCAUCGCCUAUAUUCCCAAAUCAGAGAAGGAAGGGAUGGUUUAAUCGCAGAGGAGACCAACUCUGGCGAAAUGAUGGUUCCUACCGGGCACCAGCACCAGGAGAUGCGUACCCUCCUGAGCUUGAGGGCUAUCCAGAGCCCGGAAGUGGGUGGCAGAAUGAGGAGGGAACUCGCAUUGACAUCCAUCAUCGUUUGAUACCCAAACCUCCACUGCGCUCUGUAUUGAAGCCAACGAAUUAUAAGUGUCAGGAUGGUAUUAUCGCCGGUUACCUCACCGCUGUCCCCUCGCCGACAUCUGACGACGAGUGA